AUGGAUAAUAUCAAGCGAGGAAGAGAGGAUAAGAACAGGGAGAAGGCAGCACGUAGGGCUGCGAACAAGAAGGAGGAGAGAGAGAAGAAAGAGAGAGAGGAGAGGGAGCUGGAGGAGCACAAGCUCCAAAAGCAAGCACAGAAGGAGAGGAAGAAGGAGAAAGAGGAGAGAGCAAGAGUCGAGCGCGAGACUGAACCCAGAUUCGAAAUCAAGUCCAUCGAUUCUGCCCACGAUACAGAUGCCCAGUCCGUACCCAAAGAUAACAACCAACACAACAUGGUCGAGGAGCUCUCAGCUGUUUCAAUCGACACCGACAACGGCAAAGGCAACGAGACUACGCACGAGCAAUCAUCCUCACCACUUAAGACAGGCAUGUUCGCUAGCGAAACUCUUCCCAAGUCAGCAGAGAUCUUCAGAGAAAUGCCUCUUAUCGUAUUCAUGGAGAAAACUCUGAACAUCGAAGCUGCUUUCAAUACGUUGACCGACGAGAAAAAACGUCAAUAUCUCGCCAUGAAGAAGAAAUGUGAUUGCCCGAGUGAGGACAACUGCACCGAAUCGGACGUCAUCAAGGUCUGGAACGCCGUCGCCUUGCUCUCCUUUCAGUCACCUACAAAUGCUUCUCAGGCACAGGUUCUCGAGUAUACCAGCCAAAUCAACCACUCCUGUCUUCCGAACGCCAGCAUAUUCUGGAAUGGAGAUCAUGAAGCUGUGCUUUAUGCCACACAAAGAAUUCUGAAGGGCCAACAGAUUACACGCAACUAUAAUCCAGGAAUCGUGGGUUCGACUAAGGUUCGACGUGAGAAGCUUAUGGAGAUGUACGGUUUCUACUGCAUGUGCAAAGCUUGCAAAGAGAAUCGGUAUCUCUCCACCGAAGAGAUCGAAAAAGCCAUGUCCGUCAACACGCAGCCCAAGGAAACUACUCAAACGCUAAACCCUCUGAGCGAUAAAGAGGUCAAAACGUUCGAGGCUGUAGUUGCAUGGAGUCUUGACCUGACUGACAACCUCGCCAUCUUCGUGAAAGAUCUCAAGGAGCAGAUUACUCAGCAAUGCGUGUAUCACUUCGUCGAGAAGCCCGGAGACGAUACGAGAGACCAGUCCCUGGCUCAGUUCCAGCGUGGCUUCAAGAAGUACUUCAAGAGCUUUGCAAAUCCUUACAAUUUGAACAACGAAGUCCGGAACCAAUACAUGGACACGGUGUGUGGCGACCUCGAGGCUUUUAGGGACGAGAGGGAAGAUUUCGUCAACCGAGUUCUUGGCACGAAAGUGACCACGUUGAAUGUCAAGGAUGGGAGCUCCGCGGCGAAGCGAGCUCUCAAAAACGACAUUGACAAGAUCUACGACAUCUACAAGAUAAUUCAUGAGGGCAUGGUGGUUAGCGAGGUUGUUAUUGAUGAAGAGAAAUAA